CGAGAAGGGGGCGGGGCCGCUCCUCUGCUCCGCAAGGGACCGGCCUUGGGUCUUCGCUCCUCGCCACCAUGGCCAGCCAGUCGCAGGGCAUCCAGCAGCUGCUGCAGGCCGAGAAACGCGCCGCCGAGAAGGUGUCCGAAGCCCGCAAACGAAAGAACCGGCGGCUGAAGCAGGCAAAGGAAGAAGCCCAGGCUGAGAUUGAACAGUACCGCCUGCAGAGGGAGAAAGAAUUCAAAGCCAAGGAAGCCGCAGCUCUGGGCUCCCAUGGCAGCUGCACCACAGAAGUAGAGAAGGAGACUCAGGAAAAGAUGGUCAUUCUUCAGGGCCACUUUGACAAGAACCGGGAGGAAGUCCUGGUUAACUUGUUGGCCUUCGUGUGUGAUAUCCAGCCCCAAAUCCAUGAGAACUACCGCAUCAAUGGCUAGGAGAAGCACGGGCUCCUGUCCCAUGCGUGGGACAUUUCAUUCCCCUUGAGUAGGAUUCGUGGCCUGAGCCACGCAGUAGUUUGUCCUUGUCAAAAGACAUUAAGUUAUUUCUGUAUAAUAUACAGUAGGUCCUAUAUGGUGGCUAGGGAAUUUAAAUUUCUUUUUCAGAUGUAGAGCACAGCCAAAGAGUUAUCGACCCAGUCUUGUAUUUGUCAAUUAAAUGGGUGCAAUUCUUCUGUGCCUUUUAUUUGAUAACCAGCAAUAAGGGGCCUUGUUCUUUGGAAGAUCUAAGGCAGAAGACACUUGCCUUGAAGGACAAAGAUAAGCGAGAUUCACCUCAGGGCUGAAUUUUCAGGCUGAGGGCUGAGUGAUCGAUCUCAAUGUCUGAGAGCACUAGAAAUCCUCAAAGCCAGGGCUUCUCCCUAGGGGGUUAGAGUGACUUGUACAUUGCCACUGGGUGGACAGGACCAGCUGGUGGACCUUGGGUGCCUCACAUGCCAUACUACACUCAUUUAAUGCACUGGUGAUCUCUUGAAAUAAAGACUGUUAUAACUCUUUAA